AAUAAGGCACAAGCCUUAAUAGUCAAAAAGACACAAUGCUAUAUAAGUUUCAUAAACAUUUCUUCUGUAAUUAAUAAAAAUAAAAUGGUCAAAUAUUAAACCGUGAAAAGUCUAAUCUCUCUCCCACUCUCGAUUUGCCAAUAAAUAGAAGAUAAUUGCCACCAGACUCUUUCACACAAGUCGUUACUGAUCGGUUUCUAAGAUUUCACCUUCUUUUAUUCUCAUCUUCUUCUUUGUUAUGGCGGAGAUAUCGGGAAAUGGCCACAGCGAUGCCAGAGAAGGAGCAGUGGUGGUGAACAUCAAUGAAGGAAACGAACAUCAACAACAAAAAGAAGCUAUUCGUGUCCCAAAACCCAUGAAGAAACAAGACUCUCUACUCUCAGUCUCUGUCCCUUUCUUACAAAAGUUGAUGGCUGAGAUUUUGGGAACGUACUUCUUGAUAUUUGCUGGUUGUGCAUCAGUGGCUGUGAACGCUCAACACGACAAAGCCGUGACUCUUCCAGGGAUCGCCAUCGUUUGGGGACUCACUGUCAUGGUUCUUGUUUACUCUCUUGGUCACAUCUCCGGCGCUCAUUUCAAUCCGGCCGUCACAAUAGCAUUCGCUUCUUGCGGCCGUUUCCCUCUGAAACAGGUUCCUGCUUAUGUGAUAUCACAAGUGAUCGGAUCGACUCUAGCGGCGGCGACUUUGCGGCUGUUGUUUGGACUUGAUCAUGAAGUUUGCAGCGGGAAACAUGACGUGUUCGUUGGAACAUUGCCGUCAGGAUCAGAUUUGCAGUCGUUUGUGAUCGAGUUUAUCAUCACUUUCUACCUGAUGUUCGUUAUUUCUGGCGUCGCCACCGAUAAUAGAGCGAUUGGAGAACUUGCCGGACUAGCAGUAGGGUCAACGGUACUACUUAACGUGAUAAUUGCCGGACCGGUGUCGGGAGCUUCGAUGAACCCAGGAAGGAGUUUGGGACCUGCAAUGGUAUACAAUUGCUACAAAGGAAUAUGGAUCUACAUAGCGUCUCCAAUUCUUGGUGCGGUUGCGGGUGCAUGGGUUUACAAUACGGUUAGAUAUACCGAUAAACCGUUGCGUGAAAUAACCAAAAGCGCCUCGUUUGUAAAAGCUUUGCAAAACGGUAGCUCUCGUUAAGGAAAACAAAUCGAUGGCUACGUUAAGUUAGUCAUCAGAUGUUUAAUUAGUUGUAUCAAUCUAAAGUAAAGGGGGUAAUUUGGUAUUUGAGUUUUUUUUUCUUUUUCCCAAGGCACUAGCGCAGGGACGCACUCAGCUUGAGUGAGGGGUGUGGCAUAUGAUCCAAUAUAAUUUUUGUUCUUCUUUUAAGUAAUUAGUUGUUAUCAUAUGUGCUAUAUACUAAAUAAGUUUCUGGAUCCA